AUGUAUGAACCUCUUUACUUUGCAUUUGACGCUUACCCAGCAGUGGUUCCCCGCGUGCGAGUACGAGGCGUCAUGGCGCUCUUCCUUGCGGGUUCGAUAUUAUGGGCCCUGAUCUGGCUCCUUUACCGUGCAUGGCAGGUUUGCCAAACCUCGAACGAGCUCCUGGUUGAGAAGCUCGGUCUUGACAUUCCUCCGCCGCCAGAGGUCACUCUAGAGGAAAUUACAGCCCGGGAGAUUCGCCUUGCUUGGAAACAACCGGAUUUCCACAACUCAAUACACAAGCAUAUCAUUCAGGUUAAUAAUGUCAAAGUUGGUGAAUCCAAGCGAGCAGAAACGGCAGUGGAAAUCUCCAAUCUGAUCCCAGGAAACAUCUACCACAUCUGUGUGCUAUCAAUCAGUGCUGCCAACUUCCAAACACCAAGCGCGAUCCUCCAUGUCCGAACCAAAUCUCUCCCGAUUUCCCAGGCCCAGCAGAAUGGCAACGCAGGAGGUCCAACCAUUCGCGCCUCAAUCCCCCGGUCGACCGUCGGCCUACCAACCCCUUCUGCUCCGAUAAUGUCCCGCGAACAUAGCACCGGCCAAUUGCCUGGAAAAAGACCCUCGGCUGGACGAAAAAUUUCUCCUGCCGCAGGAACUUUGGAGACAGCGCACGGCAAUUUCGAAGAGACAUCCAAGAGCAGGGCUCAGGCUGACAAGGAUGAGACGCUGGAGCAAUUAGCUGAUCGUUUGAAGGCCCUGCAGCAUGAGAAUGAGAGCGUGGAGAAACAAGGGACAGAGGAAGAAGAUGAGCACAUUGAAUUGCUAAAGGAUCUGGAAAAGCAACGCAGUGAAUUGAGAAAGCGUGUCCGGGAGAAGGAUGAGGCCAGUGGUGAUUUGAAAAAGCAUGUUUACAAGCUGGAAAGUGUCAACCGCACGGUCCAGGGAGAAAAGUCCAAACGCAUGAGACUUUUGCAGCAGAAAGAGGCGGAGCGCAAGAAGCGCAAGACCGACAUUCUGAGAUGGCAAGAGAAGAUCGCGCGCAUGAACUCCGACGCUGAGCAGGCAAAGGAUGAUCAGUCUAAGAUCAAAGACGAAGGGACUGAGCGCGCGGACGAAGUACGAGAGAAGAUUGCCAAAGAGCAAGCGGAGAUGAAGAUAAUCGACGAUGAGAUUCAGGACAAGGGUGGUCGGGUCAAGAAGCUCGAAGAAGAGAGAAUGGGGCUGCAAGAAGGCGACAGCGAGGAUGGCAAGGAGCUGGAUCGAAUCGACAACGAACGGGCCCGGCAAUGGGAACACAAGUUGGGAAAUCUGCAUGCACGAUAUGCCACCCUGGUCAACCUUCACGCGCAGGCUCAGCAGCAGUACCAAGAAGCGCAGGAACGCCUGAAAUGGUUGACGGCUCAGCGCCCAGGCAGCUCCGGCGCCUUUGCUUUGCCAUCGCUAGAUCUUGAUAUGUCAAACCCCGGCACUAUUCGACCCCGUCGCCAUCGUAGCUCGCUCGUCAGCAAUGUCUCUUCUCCUGUGAACUUCCCGGGUGUCGACACCUCGUUCCCGAAUGGCCUCAGUUACAACCAGUCUACGCACUCGCCCACAUUCGCUCCAAGCUCUGCAUUUUUCAACAUCAACAAUGGCAUGACCUUGCCCGGUUUAACUGACCCCCCUGAGGUCAUGCGCUCAGAUUCAGAAGUUAAUUUCAACAACCCGCAAAUGAGCCCCCGGGCGGAUGCUUUGCUACCAUCGAAUCUUCUCGGUGACGAGGAAUCAACAGACUUCCCACGAUCGAUGGAUCGUCCGAGAUUUGCGACGAUGGAGACAUCUACCAACCCUCUUGAUAGCUUUGACCACGGGCCAGUGUCGCCUGUUUCUUCCGAUAGCCGAGCUGGCAGCAUCUUUGCAAGCCCACUCGAACAGAACCGACAGGACGAGUCCCAAGGGGUCCAUCUAUCAGCUGCGGGCGAAGCUCCAAAGAGUGCAUCACGCAGACUCUCUGGAAUUUUCAAUUUCCAUCGUCCUCGCGGUAAAACACUGGCAGACGAAUCACCUAUGCUGGGCACAUUGAAGCCUGGUCAGAGUCAAUCCUUCCCCCGGAAUGUCGAAGAGCUGGACCCAAUCGGUUCCCGAAGACGGCGGUCGAGCUAUACCGGAAACUGGGCAAACCCCAUGUCUCUCUUCCCUCGGAGUAACACGACCGGUGUUACUAUGGACAGUUCUUCUGACCACGCACCUUCCAGGCGAGCCGCUUUCUCGAAUAUCUUCUCGUCUAGUAGGUUUGGCUUUGGCGGUACUGGCACCCGUGGAAACUCCGAUAUCAGUACUGGAUACAAUCAGUUCAGCCCUCGACAUGAUCCCAUCGAUCCCGGGUCGCUUCUCGGUGGUGUUAGAAGGGGCUCAUUGUCGCCACGGCCUUCCUCUACCUCUUUCGACAUGCAAAACCAGCUUCCCCACCCCUCAACAGACAAUCGUCAUUUCGGGUGGCCGUCCACGGACAAUGGCCAUCGCAAUAGUCCUCUUGGUUUUGAUUGGGCUUCUCCGUCGACCUGGUCCCGAGCUCCCUCCCGGCGACCUUCAAUUUCAUACGGAUCAUCCGGUCAUCUUCCGUUGGGUCUAACGGGCGAACCUGAUUUUGUGGAGGGCACAUUUGACCGUCAUCAUCGACCACUCCAGGCCCCGAUUGGUACUCGCCCUUCGUCUUCCCAUCGGCCACUGACCCCGAGACUGAACCCUGCUGCCCCGGCUUUCACGGCCGUUUUCGCUGGCGAAAGUUCUGACAAAGAAGAACCCAGGGAGACCAGGGAGAACGGUCCUGAUAGUCCGUUCGAAAUGCGCGAGUAUGACGGAUCUCCAUCUGAGCCUCGCACCUCUCGUUCACUCUCUCACUUUACCGCUGAUUCUUAUGAGUCAUUGGAGCGCAUGCCAUCGGGAACCUCCGUAGACAACGCUUCCAAGGAAUCUUUCAUCCGCAAGAUCACUCGCAAGGGCAGCUCUAGCAAAUUCAGCUCAUGGAAAGACCGCUCAGGGCUCUUUUCGAAGAAAGAUGCUUCCUCUCAAGGUGAUAUUGACGAGGACGCAGCUAGCGAGGCCCAACUUGGCAAGAGUGUUGACAGCACUGUCUCAAGCGUCACAUCUGCCGACCGCUCCACUCGCAGCAGCCUGGGGUUCUUUUCUCGCAAGUCUCGCCGAUCUGACAAGGCUAGCGAGACCAGUGAACGCGCGAGUGAAACCGGCGACGAGGAGAUCCCGGAGCUAGCUGAGACCUCAUGA